AUGUUAAGUACAAAUGGUCAAGUCUACUCAACCAUCUAUUUUUCAUUUCUUCAUACAGAAAUUCAAUCAGCUCUGAUACCAACAACUCAUUGCCUGACUGUUCAUAUACCCAUUUUGAGUGUUAUAAGUCAACACAUAGUGAACACGUCUUUGGAAAAAUGUUCUAUGAAGAUUUGGAAAGAUUUAUUGACUCACAAACCAUCCACAGAGCCUAUAGACAUCAUUUUGUAUGACUCCAUUGCUGAACCCAACUCUGAAAUACAAAUUGAUGAUUUCCGUGAUGAAAUUAUAAUUUCUGAAACAAAGGAUCAAUUAAUUAUGGAUGAUCAACAGGAUACAAUUAAUUCAUACACUGAUUUAGUUGGUGAUAAGUCAAGUUAUGAAAUUAAUAACCAACCAAAUAAAACGGAAAUUAUGUUGAAAGAUAACACAAAUUUAAUUCUUACAGACAGGUCCUUACAUGAAACAAAUUUAGACACAUCUGAAAAAAAUACAUUAUCUGAAACCAAUUAUUUUGAAGAAGUUACAACUUCCAAACCUGAAGAGCAAUUAAGGUUUGACGAUCAACAACAUUUGAUUAACUCAAAUUGUGAUGCAAUUGGUAAUAAUACAAUGCAAAUUGAUGAUUUCCGUGAAGAGAUUAUAAUUUCUGAAACAAAGGAUCAAGUAAUAUUGGAUGAUCAACAAGAUUCAAUUAAUUCAUACACCGAUUUAGUUGGUGAUAAGUCAAGUUAUGAAAUUAAUAACCCAUCAAAUAAAACGGAAAUUAUGUUGAAAGAUAACACAAAUUUAAUUCUUACAGACAGGUCCUUACAUGAAACAAAUUUAGACACAUCUGAAAAAAAUACAUUAUCUGAAACCCCCGUAGAAACCAAUAAUUUUGAAGAGGUUACAACUUCCAAACCUGAAGACCAAUUGAGGUUUGACGAUCAACAACAUUUGAUUAACUCAAAUUGUGAUGCAGUUGGUAAUAAUUCAAUACAAAUUGAGGAUUUCCGUGAAGAGAUAAUAAUUUCUGAAACAAAUGAUCAUUUACUAUUGGAUGAUCAACAAGAUUCAAUUAAUUCAUACACUGAUUUAGUUGUUGAUAAGUCAAGUUAUGAAAUUAAUAACCCAUCAAAUAAAACGGAAAUUAUGUUGAAAGAUAACACAAAUUUAAUUCUUACAGACAGGUCCUUACAUGAAACAAAUUUAGACACAUCUGAAAAAAAUACAUUAUCUGAAACCAAUUAUUUUGAAGAGGUUACAACUUCCAAACCUGAAGAACAAUUAAGUUUUAACGAUCAACAACAUUUGAUUAAUUCAAAUUGUGAUGCAAUUUGUAAUAAUUCAAUACAAAUUGAUGAUUUUCAUGAAGAGAUUAAAACUUCUGAAACUGAGGAUCAAUUAAUAUUUGACGAUCAAAACAAAUUAUAUAACUCAAAUUGUGAUGCAAUUGGUAAUAAUUCAAGUCACAAACUUAGUACCUCUAAUGAAACUGAAAGCCAGCCAUCAGAAAAUUCAAGUUUAACUAUUAUAGAAGAAGAGUUACAGCUUAAAAUAAAUUUAGAUGAUAAUGAUCAACCUAAAAAAGUUAUGACUGAUGAAUUAAAGCAACAAAUGACAAUGGAGUUUCAAGAAUGGUUGAACUCAAUAGAUUUUUCAACUGAAAAACCAUAUUUCUUGAGAGGCAAUCAGAAGAGUUUUGACUUUAGUCAAAGAAAUACUGUAAAUGGACACAGCUUAAAUGCAUCUAUAAAACAGGAAAUUUUGAAUGAACCAUCUAACGAUCUUGAAGGUAAUCGUGAUAAUGGAGAUAGUGAAGGAAGUGGCACACCUAAAUCAAAAGACAGUCAAUCUGCUGCAAUAUCUUUCAUUAUUAGUACAAGAUCUGCAGAUAAUUUAAAUGACGAUAAUGACGUAAAAUUGGAAAAUUUGAUAGAAAUAGAAGCUACUUUUGCUUCCGAAGAUAGUCUUGUUCAUAAUAAACAACCAAGUUAUACAUCCAAUGAUAAACCUACUAUAGAAAAAUGUGACGUUUCUAAAAUUGAAAGUUUAUCACCAACUACUCCAAUUACUCUGGAAAAUAAUCAAAGUAAAGUUAAUGACCACCAAGAUAAAACUACUGAUGAUAUAACUCCUAAUGAGAUCCGUAAUGCAAAUGAGAGCUAUCUUUACGAAGCAAGUGGUUCUUCAACAUCACACACUGAGUUGUUGAAAAUAAAUACAAAUAGCUAUUUUCAAAGUGACAUUGCUGAAGAUUUGAUCUCCAAUGAUUGUUUGAGAACUGAGCUGAAUAACAUUUCUAAUAACCCACAAGAUGCAGUAAAGGAUUUUACAUCAGUUGAUAGUUUUAUUUUAAACAAAAGUAAUGAUCAUAAUACAGGAAAUUCCUCAAGUUCAUCAAUGUUAGCAAAUGUGAUGAUCAAAAAAAAGAAAACUAAAGAUCACAAAAAUAAAAAUACUGAUGGUGAAGAUCAUGUCUAUAGAGUAAAAGCAUCAACAUCAACUAAGUCAAAAAAUAAGAAUAUUCAUGAAAAACACAAACCAACCAAAGGAGAAGAUAAUGUCCGUAAAGUUAAAGACGUAUUAACAUCAACGAAUGAGUCAAAAAAUAAGAAUAUUUAUGAAAAAUACAAACCGACCAAGGGUUUAGCAGUUAGUUACAUAAAAAAAACAAACCUCUAUACAAAACUUCUAAAAAGCAAGUCUAAAGAUCUAUAUUAUAUAGAUUCUGAUGAUAAUGAUACGGUUACUACCAACAAUGUAAAAGAUCCUUCUUCUAACGAUAGUUUUGCUUUAAAUCAAAUUGAUGAUUAUGAAACUGGCUGUUCUUCAAGUUCAUCAACAGUGUCCAACAAAAAAAAUAAAUUUAAAGAUCGUAAAACUCAUAAUACAGAUGAUCAUAUUCAGAGAGUAAAAGAAUGUUCAUCAACACCAAUAACCCACUUAAAUAUUCAAAAUAUUUAUAACAAGAGCAAAGCAACUAAGGAAGUUGAUAACUUGAAAAAGCCACAAGUAUAUGAAAAAUAUAAUAAAAGCAAGUCCAAGGAUGUGAGAAUUAAUGACGACAAAUAUAAUUUUUUCAACAUAGACCAUAAUCAAGAUAUUGCUACUGAUAAUAGCUUUACUUUAAAUGAAAAUAAUCAACCUGGAGCUUGUAGUAUUUCAAGGUCAUCAACAUCAACAAAAGUGACAAAUAAAAAGAAGAAAAUUAGAGAAAAUAAAAGUGAAAUUACUGAUGGAGAAGAUAAUUUUUGGAGAUCAAAACCAUCAACAUCAACAACAAGGUCAACUGAUUCGAUAUUACUUGAUGGAAAUGAAAAAUCAACCGAGUGUCUACCAGUUAGUUAUUUAAAACAAUUAAAAGUUCAUGAAAAACUUCUAAAAGGCAAGUCUAAGGAUUCAUUAAAAAUAAAUAAUCAAGAUAAUAUUGAAACGGACUAUCAACAAGAUGAUAGAUCUAAUGAUAGUUCUAUUACAAAUCAAAGCAAUCAACCUGAAGUUUGUAGUUCCUCAAGUUCAUCAACUCCAAGAAAUGUGACAAAUAAAAAAAAGAAAACUAAUCAUUGUGAAAGUGGAAAUUCUGAUGGAGAAGAUCAUUUUUGGAGACCAAAAGUAUCAACAUCAAAAGUGUCUAACAAUAAGAUAUUACAUGGUGAAUACAGUAAAUCAACCGAGGAUAAACCAGAUAAUAAUUUUAAAAAAUCAAAAGCUUAUAAAAAAUUUCUUAAUAGCAAGUCUAGAGAUGCAUUUAUAACUAAUAAUAAUGAAAAAGUUGAAGCUAACUAUCAAAAAAAUUUUAUAUCGAAUGAAAGAAGUCAACCUGAAGCUUGCAGUUCAUCAAUCUUGACAAAUGUGACAACUAAAAAAAAUAAAACUAAAAAUCAUAAAGAUGAUGUUGUUUCUGAUGAAGAUCAUUUUUGGAGAGGAAAAACAUUGACAACCGAGUCAAACAAAAAGAUAAAUUAUGACAGAGAAAGAAAAUCAACUGAGGGUCUAGGAGUAAAUUACAUAAAACAAAUAAAUUUGUAUCAAAAACUUCUAAACAACAAGACUAGAGAUGCAGUUUUAAAUUAUGAAAAAAAUCAUUUUGAAGAUGACUACCGACAUGAAGAUGAAACAUCUAAUGAAAGUUUUAUUAUGAAUCAAAGUCAUCAACCUGAAGCUUGUAGUUCUUCAAGCUCAUCAAUGACAACAACUGUCCCAAAUAAAAAUAAGAAAACUAAUCAUUGUGGAAUUAGAAUUUCUGAUGAACAUUUCUGGAGAUCAAAAGCGUCAACAUCAACAACAGAGGCUAACGAUAAGAUAAUACUUGAUGGAAUCAACAAAUCAACGGAGUGUUUACCAGUUAAUUAUUUAAAAAAAACCAAAGUUUACGAAAAACUUCUAAAAAGCAAGUUUAAGGAUUCAUUAAAAAUUAACGAUAUAGAUAAUUUUGAAGCUAACUAUCAACAAGAUGUGAUUUCAAAUGAAAGUAAUCAACUUGAAGCUUGCAGUUCAUCAAUCUCAACAAAUGUGACACCUAAAAAAAAGAAAACUAAAGAACAUAAACAUGUUAUGUCUGAUGAUCAUUUUUGGAGAGGAAAAGCAUCAACUUCGACAUCAACAACUGAGUCAAAUAAUAUGGUUAUGUUUGACAAAAGAAGUGAAGCAAUUGAGCGUAUUGGAGUUGAUCACAAACAUAAGUCAAAAGUGUUAAAAAAAUAUGCAAAGAAAAAGUCAAAUGAUGUAGAUUUAAAUAGUGACAGCGAAGUUAAUGUAGUUGGUGACCCUCUACUAGGAGUUAAUUGUGUCAAAGAAGUAAGAGAGCUUAAAAAAGAUAUUAAAAAGAAAUCGCAUGUUGUAGAUAUUCUCCCUGACAAAGAUGAUAAAGUGAUUAAUAACUAUCAACCAAUUCCCAAAUCAAAUAAUGGAAAUUGGUCAUGUGGAAGUGCUAGUUCAUCAAAUUCAAUACCUUUGUCAAAUCAUCAAAUAGAAUCUGAUGACGAUGCACAUACCACAGAUGACGAUGAUCAAUAUGUUAAAAACAGAAAAAUUUCUAAAAAAAAACAUAAAUCUUUUGAUGAUGUAGACCGUAGUAUUUUUGAGGCAUUUGGAUAUGAAAAACUAUAUUCAAGAGCUGCAAAGGUAAAAGCUAAUGAAGCAAUAUCGCUGAUGAGUAAACCACCUGUCAACAAAGAUAAGAAAAACGAAGCUACAAAACGAUCAAAGAAUGGCAAGAAGAAGGAUGAAUUUGAUCCAUGGCAUGGCAUGUUGACACUGGAAGACUACAACGUUAAGUUGCCAAAGUUUGCUCAAGAAAUAUUAAUUCUAGAUAAACAUAUGCUUGAAGAUGAUCGUUGUAUUUCAAUAGUACCUUCAUAUACAACUGUGUUCACUAUUAUAAACGAUUACUUACGUAAAACCGAAACUAAUUGCGAGGAAAUGGCAAUCAUUAUUUUAGAAGCAUUUAAUUGUUCGUUGUAUUUGUGGUUGUUACAUCCACUUGAAAGGCCUAAACAUGAUCAAGUUGUACAUAACAAUGUUGGCAAAUCUAUGUGUCACAUUUAUGGACUUCCUCAUUUUCUCAGAUUUAUCAUGAAACUGCCCAAAAUUUUCCACUUGGUAAAGAAUAACUUGGACAGCUUUGUACCCGAUGCUGUUGAGUUUAUUAAAGGAUUACUUAGCUUUAUAGAGCAACAGUAUGAAAAAAGUAUCUAUAUUAUGAAUUAUGAUUGUAUAAUGCCCUAUGAAUAUAGAAGGGCAUACUAUGUGUAA